AUGUCUGACAAAUGUGACUCUUCAAUAAACAUUGUUCAUAUUGAAUACACAAAAUCAACCUUCAUCACCUUCAUCAUCUUCAUCACCUUCAUCAUCUUCAUCACCUUCAUCACCUUCAUCAUCUUCAUCAUCUUCAUCACCUUCAUAAUCUUCAUCACCUUCAUCACCUUCAUCAUCUUCAUCACCUUCAUCAUCAUCACCUUCAUCAUCUUCAUCACCUUCAUCACCUUCAUCAUCUUCAUCACCUUCAUCACCUCCAUCAUCUUCAUCACCUUCAUCACCUCCAUCAUCUUCAUCACCUUCAUCACCUUCAUAAUCUUCAUCAUCACCUUCAUCACUUUCAUCACCUUCAUCAUCUUCAUCACCUUCAUCACCUUCAUCAUCUUCAUCAUCUUCAUCACCUUCAUCCUCUUCAUCACCUUCAUCAUCUUCAUCACCCUCAUCAUCUUCAUCACCUUCAUCACCUUCAUCAUCUUCAUCACCUUCAUCACCUCCAUCAUCUUCAUCACCUUCAUCACCUUCAUCACCUCCAUCAUCUUCAUCACCUUCAUCACCUUCAUAAUCUUCAUCAUCACCUUCAUCACCUUCAUCAUCUUCAUCAUCUUCAUCACCUUCAUCACCUUCAUCAUCUUCAUCACCUUCAUCAUCUUCAUCACCUUCAUCAUCUUCAUCACCUUCAUCAUCUUCAUCACCUUCAUCACCUUCAUCAUCUUCAUCACCUUCAUCCUCUUCAUCACCUUCAUCCUCUUCAUCAUCCUCUUCAUCACCUUCAUCCUCUUCAUCACCUUCAUCCUCUUCAUCACCUUCAUCAUCUUCAUCAUCUUCAUCGCCUUCAUCAUCUUCAUCACCUUCAUCCUUUUCAUCCUCUUCAUCACCUUCAUCACCUUCAUCCUCUUCAUCACCUUCAUCCUCUUCAUCACCUUCAUCAUCUUCAUCACCUUCAUCAUCUUCAUCACCUUCAUCCUCUUCAUCACCUUCAUCAUCUUCAUCACCUUCAUCAUCUUCAUCACCUUCAUCAUCUUCAUCAUCUUCAUCAUCUUCAUCCUCUUCAUCACCUUCAUCAUCUUCAUCACCUUCAUCAUCUUCAUCAUCUUCAUCGUCUUCAUCCUCUUCAUCACCUUCAUCACCUUCAUCUGA